CUGUCGAGCGAGUCACAAGUCGUUUGGUACAGCUGCGCUGUCCAGAUCUCAGAUAGGACCCCCCCAUUCACCGUUUCCUCGAAGGCACUCACGUGGCUGGUACCAACCCUCUCUCUCUCUCUCUCUCUCUCUGCAACUUUUCAGACAGCCACAAAACAUACCGAGAACCGUAAGAAUUUUGCGGUAAAAAGGUGCUCGAUUUUUUUGCGAUCGCUGGUCACUUUUUUGUGUUGAUAACGACUGACAUAUUCAAAUCCCUCAUUAUCUGAAGAUGGACACUCGCUGUCGCGACGCCCACGAAGCAUCCUGAAGGCAGCAGUGCACCUGGAGAGGUUUUGCAUGAAUCUGUUCAUCAACUGGUGUCAUCAUGAAACCGCUGACGAUGCUCAAGACGAUGAUUACCCAGCGAUACCUACGGGCUCUGAUUCUGUUCCUAGCAAUGGGUGCAGUGAUAAAUCUUCUGCUCAGUAGCUCUGACCAGCCUACCAACAACAGAUUUGGCAUCUUCUCCGGUGACUCUUCCCAGGGGGGAUUGGGGGGAAACGGCCCAGCCAGGUGCUCUUCCCAAGACCAUAUCAUGUUCCUGAAAACCCACAAGUGUGCCUCUUCUACCGUCCAGAACAUCUUUCUUCGCUACGGAUUCAAGCACAACCUCAGCUUCGCGCUUCCGGAGAUCGGAAACUAUCUAGGAAAUCCAAAAUUCUUUACGGCUAAACUUGUGCCCAGAAGCCUCCUACCGCCGAGUGGCAAAGUCGACAUUUUCGCAGUCCACACGAGGCUGAACGUUCCGGAGCAUUCCAUGAUCCUACACAACGACUCAAGAUGGGUCACGAUCGUCAGGGACCCUUCGACUCUGUACGAAAGUCUCUACAACUUUUUCCACAUGGGGGAGACUUUCGGCAUCGAACUGUCCCAGUACAACACCCAGUCCAUGAAGAGGCUGGAAUCCCUUCCGAGGUGGGGUGGGAAAUUCGGCAAGAACCAGAUGCUCUUCGACCUCGGUUACCCUGACAACAUGUCUGUCCCGGAGCUGAGCGCCGCCAUAGACUCCCUAGACAAACGGUUCGAUCUCGUGAUGGUUUCCGAAUUCAUGGACGAGUCCCUGGUCCUCCUGAGGCAUCUACUCUGCUGGUCCCUGCACGACGUCGUCUACUUCACCAAGAAUGCCCGAAGGGAGGAGGUCAAACCGACUCUCCGCCCGGAGGUCCUGAGCGCCCUGAGUGCACUGAACCGCGCAGACGUCCUCCUCUACGACCACUUCUUAGCUAAGCACAGGCAAGCCGUCGAGGACUUCGGAGCCAAGAGAAUGGCGGACGAGGUCUCCGCCCUCAGAAGCCUCAGAGACGAGUACUUCCAGGACUGCGGGACCCACGAGGUCCAAGGCCGCGACAAGAGCUUGAAGUUCAAAGAGUACUCGGGCCUGGUAAGUGCUUACGUCAGCUCGAACAACUCCAAUCAGAACUGCUGGUUGCUCACGCUGCCCGAGCUACACCUUCUGGCUACGCUGAGGAGUCGCCAGAGGGAAUCGUUGCUGAAGCUGAAUGAGAGUUCGUCUUAGGAAAAGCAUUACUUUUUACAAACCAACCAUUCUGUUGGUCUUAUUUAUUUUUCCUUUAUUAUUUCACAACGUCAGCGCAAUUCUCGCAUGGAAAAGAGAAACUGUUGCUUUUUUAGGUCACUGUACAUAAUCAGAUAUGUACAUAUACAUGCCAUUUAAUUUAAUCAAGACUGCAUACACACAUACACAAUAUAUAUAUAUAUAUAUAUACAUAUAUAUAUAUAUAUAUAUAUAUAUAUAUAUACUUCAUAUAUAUCCAAUGUAACACGAAGGAACACGGACUUGAGAAUAUCCUUAAAUCCACGGUAGAGAGGUAAGUGAAACAGGGACUUGGAACACGUACUUUCGUAGUAUAUUCUACAUUUUCAUGUUCGCCUUUCUACCUUGGAUUUAAGAAUAUAUAUAUAUAUAUAUAUAUAUAUAUAUAAUAUAUAUAUAUAUAUAUAUAUAAAUUUACAUAUUCACCUACAAUAAUAUGAUUGUUAUGAACUAGUCAGUCACAGAGCAUGUAAUAAGUAAACUGUCGAUAUGUUUGUAUUCAGAUCGACUCCGAAAUGUAUACCUAGUGUUUUCCUUGCAGUGAGGUGGACGUAGUUCGUGAAUCAAAAAUAUCAAACUGACAUAUAUAUAAAUGUGAUACUUUUGUGAAUAACAUCGCAGGUUUUAAGUGCCUUCCGUAUUGCGUGCAAGCACCAAUGCAGUUUUCAGUAUCCCGGAGUAUUUUCUUAAAACAGCCGUUGGUUUCAUUUUUAUAAUUGUGCCAUGAAUGAACACACUUUCGCGUGAGAAAGUCAACGGAUGUGUUCGUGUUUUGUACAUUUUGUUAUCAGUAAAUCUUGAUAUAGCUUGGUA